AUGAAGAUGGUCAUUCUCAAUGUGUUGCCUUUGAUACUUUUGGCCGGCAUGAUGGCUAGCGUGGCCAACGGCUUGAACAUGAACUACUACAUAUUAGUGUGUCCAAUUGCUGAUAUCAUCGUAAAGAACACCGUGAUUAGUGCCUUGCAGUCCGACCCGACCCUUUCCGGGCCGCUCCUUCGGAUGCACUUUCACGACUGUUUUGUCGAGGGAUGUGAUGGAUCUAUAUUGCUCGACUCGACUAAGAACAACACAGCGGAAAAGGACUCGCCGGCCAAUCUAAGCCUAAGGGGAUACGAAAUAAUUGAUGCCGCUAAAGACGCGCUGGAAAAACAGUGCCCUGGAGUCGUUUCGUGUGCCGAUAUACUUGGCAUGGCCGCCAGAGAUGCUGUUUUCUUCGCGGGCGGUCCGUAUUAUGAUAUACCGAAAGGUAGGAAGGACGGGCGGAGAUCGAAGAUUGAGGACACGAUCCGAUUGCCGCCUCCGAGCUUAAACAGUACGGAGCUGAUCAACAUGUUUGCCCAGCGUGGCUUCACGGCUAGAGAAAUGGUCGCUUUAUCCGGGGCCCACACAUUGGGGGUGGCCAGGUGCUCGUCGUUCAAGAGCCGGCUGAGCAGCACCAACCCAAACCGAGAGGUGGACCCCACCAUCGACGCACAGUUCGCAAAGACGCUGUCUGCCACCUGCAGCAAGGGUGAUGACGCAGAGCAAUCAUUCGACUCUACAAGGACACAGUUCGACAACGACUACUACAGAGCCCUACAGAGAAGCGCUGGGCUCCUGUUCUCGGACCAGGCGCUGUAUAUGGGCCCAACCACACGGGCCGUCGUGAACGGGUACGCAAUGAACCCGGCCAUGUUCUUCUUUGACUUCCAACGGGCCAUGGUGAAGAUGGGGACGUUGGACGUCAAGGAAGGGCCCAACGGUGAAAUCAGGGGCAAUUGCAGGCGGGUCAACUAA